AUGACGACCCCUACCAAUAAGGUAUACCUAGACGAGGACCAGCUCAAGGUCCCGGGGUGCGUGUUCGUGCUCCUCAGCUUCGUAUCUCCGGAGAGCAACCAGAAGUGCGAAAAUUUCGGGCUCAAGGUCAGAGGCGUGUUCGCCACCCGUGAGGAGGCGGAGUCUCACGUGGAACGCCUCAUGCGCGUGGAUCCCAACUUCGACGUGUUCGUGGCCGACUGCCACAGGUGGCUGUUAUGCCCCCCCAAGGCGGAAGAAGUGGCGUACGAGAAAUACACCGAUAAAUUCCUGGAUCGCCUCAUCCAGACGCACAAGCAGGAGCAGCUGAAGGCCAGAGAAGCGUUCGAGGAACACAAGCGACAGCUGAUGACGUCUCCCAAGGACACCGCCGAAGCUCCGGACAGGCUCAGGAGCUGGAGCGAGAUGGUCGAGGAAGAGACGGAGAGUACGCCUAGCGACCUGCUCAGCGAGUUGGAGAGCCAUGACAUGAAAGACGACUUGCAACACGAGUUGCUGGUACUCCAGGCCGCGGUCGAAGAACUCAAGAGCCUCGAGGUACGCAACACGAUCAGGCUUCUCGGCCUCGUCAUCAUGGUAGCGGCGGCCGUCGCGUACGCCUUCCGAUCGCUGCAGAAGAAGGCCGUGCCCGUCGUCACGGAAAACAACGAGCCUGCGAUGGCGCCUUCCGACGUGGAUCCUUCCGUCGCAGCCCUGGACGCCGCGAACGCCGCCAUGGCAGCCGCGAAGGCGGCGCGGCCUCAGAUAGUCGUGAAGUAUAUGCCGACGCUGGACGACCAGUUCGUGGACAUCAAGAAGCGACCCCUACUAUCUAGCUACGUGCUCGGUGACAUGUUCGACAUGGCCUCCGUGCACCCGACCACCCCGGAUCUAGGCUUCGGCGAGACGGCGACAUUCAAAGGCCUCCUCGCGAAGCCCGUAGUAGAGCGGACGGCGGCUCGGAGCGCGUCACGGCAGGAUCGAAGCUGA